AUGUCCCUCGACAUCACUCCCUCCAAGCAGGCUGCAUCUGCUAUGAACUCCCUCAAGAUGGAGUCCCCAGUCAAGAAGCUUGACCUCGGAAUUGAAAACAAAGAGAACGAUGUCCAGGACCCUGAGGUCGCCACUCUGGCCCAAGACAUCGACUCGAAGCAUGCCGCCACCAAGAAGGUUGUCAAGGCACAGCAGGAGCCUCCUAGGAUUCCUGAACUCCGUCCCGAGGAGCUGGACGAGCCUAUCCUUCGCGAAAACCCUCACCGUUUCGUCCUGUUCCCUAUUCAGUAUCACGAGAUCUGGCAGAUGUACAAGAAGCACGAGGCAUCCUUCUGGACUGCUGAGGAGAUUGACCUGUCCAAGGACCUGCACGACUGGAACAACCGCCUGAAUGAUGACGAGAAAUACUUCAUCUCCCACAUCCUCGCCUUCUUUGCCGCUUCGGAUGGCAUUGUCAACGAGAACUUGAUCGAGCGCUUCAGCGCUGAGGUCCAAAUUCCUGAGGCCCGUUGCUUUUACGGCUUUCAGACCAUGAUGGAGAACAUUCACUCCGAGACAUACUCCCUCCUGAUCGAUACCUAUAUCAAGGAGCCUGCCCAGCGCACCUACCUCUUCAACGCUAUCGAGACCAUUCCUUGCAUCCGCAAGAAGGCCGAGUGGGCUCUGAGGUGGAUAGCGGACCGGGAGUCCACCUAUGCGCAGCGCCUUGUCGCAUUCGCUGCCGUCGAGGGUAUCUUUUUCAGCGGUGCCUUCGCCUCCAUCUUCUGGCUGAAGAAGCGUGGCCUGAUGCCUGGUCUGACCUUCUCCAACGAGCUGAUCUCUCGUGACGAGGGUCUGCACACUGACUUCGCCUGCCUGCUAUUCUCCCACAUGAACAACCGCCCUAGCAAGCAGCGCGUGGAGGCCAUCAUCACCGACGCCGUUACCAUUGAGAAAGAGUUCCUGACCGAGGCCCUCCCCUGCGGUCUGCUCGGCAUGAACGCCACCCUGAUGAAGCAGUACAUUGAGUUCGUCGCCGACCGUCUCCUCGUCGCCCUCGGCAACGAGAAGGUCUACAAGUCUUCCAACCCCUUUGACUUCAUGGAGAACAUCUCCCUUGGUGGCAAGACCAACUUCUUCGAGAAGCGUGUUGGUGACUACCAGAAGGCUGGUGUCAUGGCUAGCACCAAGAAGCCUGUUGCCGAGGACAGCAGCACACCCGGCGCCGAGGAGAAGGGUGAGAAUGGUGGAGACUUCACUUUCGAUGACGACUUCUAA